AUGGCCCAGUCCGUGUGGGGCUACGACAGCGACAACGGACCCGAGCGCUGGCACGAAAACUACCCCCUGGCCAAGGGCGACAAGCAGUCGCCCAUUGAGAUCAACAGCAAGGAUGUGCAGCACGACUCCUCUCUCUCCUCCUGGCACGCCAGCUAUGACCCCGGGGCUGCGAAAACCAUCCUGAACAACGGGCGCACCUGCCGCGUCGUCUUCGACGACACUUUUGAUCGAUCAGUGCUGAGGGGGGGCCCGCUGAGCGGCGCCUACCGCCUGCGCCAGCUGCACCUGCACUGGGGCUCCUGCGACCAGCACGGCUCCGAGCACGUCAUCGACGGCGUCAAGUACGCGGCAGAGUUACAUAUGGUGCACUGGAACCCAAAACACGGUAAUUUUGCUGGAGCUUUAAAACAACCUGAUGGUGUAGCUGUUGUGGGAAUUUUUCUGAAAGUAAGUAGCAAAUAUUCAGUCUUUGUAAUUUUUUUAAUUCUUGAAGAAAUUGAAAACAUUAAGACUAAGGGAAAGGAGGCUCCUUUUCUGCACUUUGAUCCUUCAAUUCUUUUCCCCAAAUCUCGUGACUACUGGACCUACCAUGGUUCAUUCACCACACCCCCCUGUGAGGAGUGCAUCACUUGGAUUCUCCUGCGGGAGCCAAUUGAAGUCAGCGCAGACCAGAUGGCAAAGCUCCGUAGCCUUUCCAAGAACUCUGAGAAUGAACCUGUGAGCCCUCUUGUUGACAACUGGCGCCCACCGCAGCCCCUGAAGGGCAGGAUAGUGAGAGCCUCGUUCAAGUGA